GGAGAGCUGCAGCAGAACAGUUAUUCUUUUCUCUCAGUGUCUCUUGGGGUGGCUUAAUUAUGUUUGGAAGCUACAAUAGAUUUCAGAACAAAGUUUACAAGGAUGCCAUGUUUGUCAGCUCUCUAGACUUUAUAACUAGUUUAAUAGCAGGUGUUGUCAUUUUUUCUGUCCUUGGGAAUAUGGCUGAAGAAUUAGACUUGGAUAUCAGGAAUGUUGCCAAGGAAGGUCCAGGAUUAGCAUUUAUUGCAUAUCCUGAGGCCUUAUCUCGGCUUGAGUGGCUACCACAGCUGUGGUCUGUUUUGUUCUUCUUUAUGUUAUUUCUUCUGGGACUUGAUAGUGAGUUUGCUCUUCUGGAGACAUUUCUGACAGCUGUUUACGAUGAAUUCCCAUCCUCACGCAGACAUAAAGUUCCUAUUACUCUCAUUUGUUGUAUUAUCUGUUAUUUCCUAGGAUUACCUUGUGUCACACAGGGAGGACAGUAUGUUUUGAACCUCAUGGAUACUUAUGGGGGCGGGUAUGGUGUGACAUUUAUUGCCAUCUGUGAACUAAUUGCCCUUAUGUGGGGUUAUGGUGUAAAUCGAUUUUGUGAUGACCUGGAGUUCAUGUUGGGUACACGUCCUGGUCUCUUUUGGAGGGCUUGCUGGCUAGUUAUUUCACCCUUAGUAUUGGUGUUCAUCUUUGUGUACAGCUUUUGGGAGCACAAAGUGAUCAAGUAUGGGGAGAACUAUGAAUAUCCAGUUUGGGCUGAUGGUAUUGGUUGGCUCUUAGCCCUCAUAUCUAUGUGUCAGAUACCAUUGUGGGGUUUCUUUAUACUCCUCAGGAACUGUUGGAAUGUGAAGAAGGUUGUCACACCUGAAUCUAGUUGGGGACCGGGAGAUAGUGAAGCCAGAAUCAAAUAUUUCCAAAGAAGAUCAACUGGACUUGUUAUGACGGAAAAACUGGAAUCACAGGGAAUCGAUAAUCCUGCUCUUAUGAUUGAAUCGAACGUAAAAUGAUAUCAUACAGAACAUAGAAUUCCAAAUAACUAAUCACAAUAAAACCAAGUUGGGCAUUUUAUUCUACGGUAUGUGCUGAGGUCUUUCACUAACAAUGCUUUAUUAGCAUGAAUUUAGUUUAGGCCUAAGAGUAAAUACAGAUCACCAGUUAACAUUCUUUAAGCUGUUUUAUCAGUGUUUAUUUAAUAAAUUUGUGUGAGAAAUAUGAAAAUAAAACUUGUCAAUAAAAUAAUCCAAAUUUCAAUAUGAAGUCUUCAUAACCUAUUACAUUGAAUUUAUGUGCGACAAUUUUACACCUUUUAUUGUAUACUUUUGUUUUAUGUAUACAUUUUUAAACUACAGAUCAUUCAUUGUGUGUAUCAAUUGUACAUUAUAUAGUUUUUUUCAAGAUUCUUCAUAAUGUAUAAGCUCAAAGAAAUGGAAUAAACAAGACAGGAUAUUAAAAUGUUUUAAAGGUUUGUAUAUACAAGUUUUUAUAAUAUACGGAAUUUUUCAACUUCAAUUUGCCAAACUGUAAAUAUGCAAAGUAUAGCAAAUAAGUAAAAACAGGGGUGGGUAGAUUAAUUUUUAAAGAGUAAUUAUUUCUGUAUUUUAAAUCUCACAAAAUUUUAUGUAAAGCUGGUAAAAAAAGGACAACAACUGUAUGGUUAAGGUUUUGAUAUUGUAAAAAAUGAAACAUUUAUCUACAUUAACAAAAUACAAUAAAAAAUUUAUACCAAAAGAAAGCUGUAUGUUUCUAGAUUCAAUUUACUAUCACCCACAGAAAUCGUUUCAUAUUAGUCCUUCAAUUUAUUUGGUGUUUGGUGACAUAUUUUAGCCAGCAUUCUCAACCAUUGUUCAUAAUUUGUUUAUUAACAAUACACUUAUCAGAUAUUAGAGAAAAACACAUGAAGUAUAAUUACCACAUGUUGACAUAGAAAACACAUGAAGUAUAAUUACCACAUGUUGACACUAGAAAACACAUGAAGUAUAAUUACCACAUGUUGACAUAGAAAACACAUGAAGUAUAAUUACCACAUGUUGACAUAGAAAACACAUGAAGUAUAAUUACCACAUGUUGACAUAGAAAAACACAUGAAGUAUAAUUACCACAUGUUGACAUAGAAAAACACAUGAAGUAUAAUUACCACAUGUUGACACAGAAAACUCAUGAAGUAUAAUUACCACAUGUUGACAUAGAAAAACACAUGAAGUAUAAUUACCACAUGUUGACAUAGAAAAGCACAUGAAGUAUAAUUACCACAUGUUGACAUAGAAAAACAAAUGAAGUAUAAUUACCACAUGUUGACAUAGAAAAACACAUGAAGUAUAAUUACCACAUGUUGACAUGACUAUUUAAAGUUCUGUCAUGUGGUUUGGUUUAUUACAAAUUUCGUACAAAGCUAUACGGGGGCUAUCUGCACUAGCCGUCCCUAAUUUAGUGGUGUAAGACUAGAAGGAAGGCAGCUAGUCAUCACCACCCACCGCCAACUCU